AUUUAUUUAUUUUUUCCGCCAAAACAUAAAUGUUAGUUAGCACUCCAUUCUAUAUUAUAAUAAUGUUUUUCAACUUUAAUAUAAUCUUUACCAGGGCACCAAUAAAAUGUCUCGGUAUAAUUCUUAUUCUAACUCUCCCAUGCCUCAUUACUGACAAUGCCGAAUCGUACAGACACCAAGUGAGGAGAUCAGAUCACAACCUUCUUCAUAUUUACCACAAAAAGAAAAAUUCACCAGAAGUGGUGUCAUAUUCCUGACACCGAUACUCAGCUUUAGUAUUUAAACCAGUCUUUAGGAGUCUCAUGAUAACCGCAACACUACGCUCAGUCCUUUGCGUCGCUAUAAACGUGGUAGUUCAUGUGUUCAUACUCGUUGUCUUGCCAGUUUACAUCACAAGCGCAGCCAGUCACCUUAAACAGAAAGUGAAGUCACACGAGCAUCGAAAAUUUCAAGCUGGUAAACAAAUCUGACAAUAAAUCAGAAGAUUCCAGCGAGAGUUCCCGGUUUCUCUCAACUCCAUGUUGGUCUUCACUUGCCCGAAAUCGGCAUCCCUCCCAAGUUCAAAGGAGAGCUACUAAUUGUAGUGCCGGAUUUGCUUGCAGAUUUGAAAAAUAGCCAGUUUAGGUGCUCGUGCCUUAAGAUUUAUAGGAUCACCUGAAGAUUGGGGACCCAGUUUAUCUCACCUGAUGAUUAAACACUCCAAUGCUACCUGAAGACGUUAAGUUACAUUACGUUGCGUUGCGUUACGUUGCGUUACGUUACGUUAGCGUUAGAUUAAAAGUAGGAUUCCAUAUAUGCGUUUGCGUUAAAUUGCCUUGGAAAACGGACACCCCUGUUUCCAUUUGCAACUGAAUAUUCUGUCUUAGCGGGAACAGGACAGGAAAGAUGGCUCCCAGCACAUCAAAGCUACGGCUCUAUUUAUAUGAACAGGAUAAUUUGCUAUUAAUUAUCCUGGUUUUGUAUAAGAUCAUGCGUAAUGCAAAGGGAAAACGGUCAAGGAAACACAGAUGGUGGGUGCAUUAAUUGCUGUUGUAUCGGUCUAAAUUUGGAACCUACAAUACUUUGGUAAAAGAGCUAAGAUUGGAUGAAGAAAACUUCAAAGAAUAUUUUGCUGGGUGAGGAGAGCACGGGUAGGAAGCUGGAACUAUUGAUGUCACAGGUGAAAUAAGCUAGGGCGGCGUGUGUGUAGGUUCUGUCAUGGGUACACACGCCGUCAUAAAAUACCGUAUUUGUUCCUGCAGCAGAUACAAUCCGAGGUAAUAGCUCUCUAUCACGAACUGUGGUGUCAACUGUUUAAGCCACAAGGCUUAUGAUAAUUUUUUAUAAUUAUUGCCAGAUCCACUAGUCACUAGAAUUCAUUAACAAAUCAUGAUAAAACGCCAAUCCUACGCCAGGUAUAAUCAAAUGCAAAAGAAUUAAAGGAAGUAAAUGCUGACAAAACACACACACGAAUAAAAACAUUGUGGUCCCGUAUAAUGACACAUAAAUACUAAGAUUCUCGGAUCUCAUAAGUUUUGGAUCUGGUAUCACUAAUAAAUGAAGCGUAAUUUUUACGGUUGAGACGUAAGUCACAUAUGGAGUACACUCGUAUCACCCAAGUCUUAAAGUUCUCAUAUGCCAGGGCUGUCUCUGUUGAGGUGGACUUCCCUUUCCUGAACCUAAAUUGUCUGCAGUUGAUCCUGUUGGUCGUUUCCAGGUGAUUUCUCAUAUUAUUCACGAUUUUUUCCAGGUACUUCGAGGAGGGAGAUCGAGCUGUAAUUUGGAGGGACGGCUGGAUUUUUUCCUUGUUUUGGGGCCUUGUGGUGGGUGAUGUGGCUGGUGGGUGUGGAGUACUUAGCUCUGUGGUGGCAGGACGCGCGUCUUCCUGUACUGCACGACAACAUCCUCAGUCUGGCUCACGCUACAUUCUAUGAAGUCACCAAAUUCUUAGUGCGUGGGUUCGAGUACUGGGUGUAUGUGUUGGUGUGGCAGAAAUGGGCCAUCCUCCCUCCACUGGGCGACUCCCCUCUCGCUGCCCUCGCCCUGGUGGUGCUCACCGACUUUUGUUACUACUGGCUGCACCGCGCCAGCCAUGAGAUUAUGGUGUUGUGGGCAGUGCAUCAAGUCCAUCACACUAGUCAGGACCUCACCGUGGCUGUUGGCCUCAGACACUCCCCACUCCAGCGGCUCUUCUUGUGGGUGUUUUAUCUCCCCAUGGCCGUGUUGGGCGUUCCCCCGGCCCACAUGCUCGCCCAUGCCCAGUUCAACUUGGUCUUCCAAUGCUGGAUCCACACGGAGGCUAUACGUACUCUGGGACCGUGCGAGUAUAUAUUCAACACCCCAUCCCACCACCGUGUCCAUCAUGGAGUCAACCAAUUCUGCCUGGACAAGAACUAUGCUGGGUUGUUUAUCGUGUGGGACAGACUGUUUGGCACCUACCAAGAUGAGCUGCCUGACCAGGAGAUAAUUUACGGAAUCAUAACACAGCCUGAGAGUUGCAACCUUAUCUAUCACCAGAUAUUUUACCUGAAGUUAGCGGUUGGGAAGGCGAACAGUAUGGACACAUGGGACAAGUGGCUCUGCUCACUGGUGAAGGGCCCUAGCUGGGUACCCGGCUCACCCUGGACGGGAUGGGAUGAAAACAAGCCUGAUAUAAGAGCUUCUAGAGAGUAUCAGAAGGUAAGAGCAACAGCUGCCACACACUGCUAUGUCCUCCUACACUUCUUGGCGGCCCUCUCCCUCAUCACUCGCCUGACUACGACAGUGGUGAGCACUCCAGUGGAGGUGUUUGUGUACAGCUUAGCGGUGGUGGCGACCCUUACUUGUAUUGGUGUGUUGUAUGAUGGGCUCUCCUGCUGCCGCUUGGUUGAAAUGGUGAGGUGUGGCAUAGGGUUAGCACUGUGUCUCCUCCUCCCCCUACAAGCUAUAACCGGUGCAGAACUUCGCCUCCUCACCACACUCUACACACUCUCCUUCAUCCUCUGGCUCGUUCGACCCAACACCAUCAUCAACCAUAAAGUCUGCAAGGAUUAACUUCUUUGUUGGAUAAGAUAUAUUACUGUUGUGGGAAGCAUUGAAUAACAUUGUAAAUUGAAUGCAAAUUUCAUUAGGUACAGUGGCGAGAGAUACGCGUGUCACCACUGCACUGUAGGCCUACUACUACCCACCACUAACAUUCCUUAAACGUACUUGUGUAGUGGAUUUCUCCCCUACAAACGCUGUUUGUUGCUGCGUAGCCGACCCCUCGAAUUCCCCAGUGUAUGCCUC